CUUUGAAGGUCAAACAGACAGAGACGACUAAGAAGAAUCUAUCAUAUCUAGUUUUUUAAACUCUUGAUUGUUAAAAGUAGUGUUGAGUAAGACAUGUGAUUCUAGUGUGUAGCGUGCAGUGUUUAGAUUCUUUGGUAUGUGAACCGGAUAUUGUUUAUUACCUUUGUGACUCGGUGCACAGUUCAUAAGUGUAAGACAUGUUGCCGGAUACCAGUAGCCAGGAACCGAAAGUUAAAGAGGGUUCCAGUCAGAAAAAGCCGGCCAAGAAACGGUCAACUAAGUCUAAGGAAAGAGGCCAGACCACAGUAGAAAACCUAGUUCGUCCAUUCAUUCUGAAAGAUGAGGACUACAAACGGCUCAUGGACAUCAUGCUGGGGGAGUUCAACAAAGGGCUCGGGAAGGAGACCAACCCCACCGCUAAGGUCAAGAUGUACCCCACCUACGUCAGGGACGUCCCCGACGGAUCAGAAAAUGGGAAUUUCCUAGCAUUGGAUUUGGGUGGGACAAACUUCCGGGUUUUACUCAUAAACCUGAAUGGUCAGGAAGUGACCAUGGAGAGCAAGAUCUACCUGAUCCCCCAGCACAUCAUGACCGGCACCGGUGAACAAUUGUUUGACCACAUCGCAGAAUGCAUCCACAAAUUCAUGAGCAACCACGAUCUCUUGAAGGAGAAAAUUCCCCUGGGAUUCACCUUCUCCUUCCCCUGUAAACAGAUAGGUUUGAACCACGCCAUCCUGACACAGUGGACAAAAGGCUUCAAAUGUGAGGGGGUGGAAGGGGAGGAUGUGGUCAGACUCCUCCACGAAGCAAUCAAAAGGAGGGGGGAUAUAGAUGUGGAAUGCUUAGCUGUGAUAAACGAUACAGUUGGUGCACUGAUGUCAUGUGCACACAGUGACCGAGAUUGUGCAAUAGGUCUAAUUCUAGGCACAGGAACUAAUGCUUGCUACAUUGAAAAACUAGAAAAUGUGGAAUUAUGGGAUGGGGACUACAAUGAACCAAAGCAGGUCAUGAUCAACACAGAGUGGGGGGCGCUGGGAGACGAUGGGUGUCUGGACUUUGUCAAGACCGAGUAUGACCGACAGGUGGACAAACACUCCAUUAACCCAGGCAGACAAAUAUAUGAAAAAAUGAUCUCUGGUAUGUACAUGGGAGAAAUCGUCAGACUGGCCCUGGAGAAGCUACGGAAGCAUGGACUUCUGUUCGGCGGGAAAGGAUCAGAAGAACUAUCCACCAGGGGGCGCUUCUACACAAAAUAUGUUUCAGAAAUUGAAAGUGAUGUAGAUGAUCACUUCAAGAACACCAAACAGGUGUUUGAGGAAUUGGCUCUAGAGAAAUAUUCCGAUGAGGACUGUCGGAUCGCUCAGUACGUCUGCUCCUUGGUGUCCACACGGGCAGCUUUCCUAGCCUCCGUUGGCGUGGCUGCUCUCCUGAAUAAGAUGGACCGACAGGAUGUGACGGUGGCAGUUGAUGGGUCCCUGUACAGAUUCCACCCCCACUUCCAUGAUCUCAUGGUGGAAAAAAUUCAGCAACUUGUAAAACCUGGAAUUAAGUUUAAACUAAUGUUGUCACAUGACGGCAGCGGAAAGGGGGCAGCCAUUGUAACAGCUGUAGCCAAUCGACUACGAGAGUCGGGGAAAGAGAGUAUAGGAGAAAAUGGACUAGAAAACUAACAAAAAUUCCAUAUUUGUUUACAUUGCAAUACCUACUUUAAUGAUAAUCUCUACAAAUUAAAAGAGGGAGCAUCUUUCCCCUAUAGAGAUUACUAGUAGCAUUGGGGUGGAGAUGUUCCCCUUUCUCAGAAAUCUCAAGCAUGGUUGCCAUCCAGCCCCCAGUUUGUGAGAUCAGCUUGCUUUUAUUUUAUAUAAAAUAUUAAAGGUAUUGAUGUGCUGAACUCUCGUACUGCUCCUCAGUAUUGCGCAAUUCUGUUUCCAAGUCAUAGCUAUUUUUGGUUGCCAGAGCACAUCAAUAAUGCACUCUGUGCAAAGGAAUCUCAAGUAGAUCGCACGUCUGCUUGCUAUGUCAAAUAUAUUAGUCUAUUCGUGAUGAAAGUAUUUUUUUUUACAAUUGAGUUUCUUUUUUUUUCUUGCAUUGUGUGAACACUGAACAAUAAAUCCAAAUAGAUGUACAUCCCCCAAAAAAGUUUUACAAAUUUUGUUUUUUGUUCUUUUUGCGAUCAUUGAAGCAUAAACUUAUUUUUUUUUUCAUGGACUUUUUGUUAUCCAUGGAAUUGUUUUUUAACUUGCUAUACAUGUUUGUUAUAUGACACAAAUUUCAUUAGAAGCUUUUUUAGUUACAAUUACUGAUACUGGUCAUUCAGAGUGGUCACAAGAUACCCUCUCCCUCAGCCAGUCAGUAAACUGUGGCUGGUCCAAACAACAGCCUCUGGGUGCAACCCAUCAUUAUAUCAUUUGUCCAUGCCCGUCCUACUAGAAGAAAAUAAAAAGCAUCACAUCAGGACCUACCUGAUGAGACGAUGUAGUUCAUUUCUUAUAGAUUGAAGAACUUCCAUACUUCUUUACAAAGAGAAAUUGGAUUUAUUUUUUCCUUGUUUUUAGGAUUGCAUUUUCUUCGUGGCUUAUGACCGAUUUGCUUUGUCCGUGUAUUUAGGAAGCAUCUAGCUACAUCUCUCACCGUUUAAAAUCAUUCAGCGGUCAAGCAUUUAGUUUAAGAAUAGGUUUGACAAGAGGCAUUAACUCUGAAACAAAAUUUAAAAAAUAUUGAAAAUAUCUGCAGAUUUUGACAAUGACUAUUAUUUUUCCUUUUUUGAAAGCCCAAAAUGUGAUAAUUAAAGGUUUAUCUAAUGUCUUUCUUGUUUGUUUUACGAACAUUGGUUCAUUUUUAUGUUAUUUAUAAAUUUUUAUACAAGUCCUGUGUAUUAUUAUGUUAAUAAUAUUGCAAAUAAAUGUAUAUAUCAAUUCUUUUAUAAAUGCAGUGAAAAUAUUAAAAGAUAGGAUUACCCGUGUCUUAAACCUUCCAUUUGCCUCAUUUGUGUUCAUAUUUAAUAUUUUUUGAGUCAUUUCUUACCAGACAUGACAUAGUUAAAAUAAUUUUUUCACUUAUCAUUAAAAAUAAACAGAAUGAUAUGGAAUCUCACAA